CUGUGGAUUGGCUAUCAAACUUUGCUUAAUGUUGGAGGUGUGGCUCUUAAAAGGCAGAUUCAAGUCAAUUCCCCUCACUUUGGACUCCAGAUCUACAAUUGGUUUGACAGCUGACAUCAUUUCCACAAUUGCAGAAAAUGUUCUCAAUUACAAUAAACCUAAUUCAGCUAUUUCAGCUAAUAGUUCUUAUUUUUUUAGCAUCAAUUCUGAUUAAGAUAUUGAAACUAUUUUGCAAGAGAUGGAAGUUGAUAGCAGCAAUGAAACCUUUUCCUGGACCCCCAGCACACUGGCUAUAUGGACAUGCACUUGAGUUUUCUCAAGAUGGGACAGAUCUAGACAAGACUGUGACAUGGGCAAAGAAAUAUCCAUAUGGGCACCAAGUGUGGUUUGGUCCAUUUACAGCAUACUUAGCUGUAUACCACCCUGACUAUGCUAAGGCAUUGCUUGCAUCCUCAGAACCAAAAGAUGAUGUGGUGUACCGGUUUAUGCUUCCUUGGAUCGGUGAUGGUUUACUAAUAAACAGUGGCCAGAAGUGGCAUCGUCAUCGACGACUCUUGACACCUGGAUUCCAUUAUGAUAUAUUGAAGUCAUACGUGCAGGAGAUUGCAGAGUCCACCAAGAUCAUGCUGGAUGAAAAUGGAAUUGGAUUAUCAGAUGAAGACCUACGAGCAGAGGUGGACACAUUCAUGUUUGAAGGCCAUGACACUACAGCGAGUGGAAUCUCCUGGCUUUUGUACUGUUUGGCUCAACACCCAGAACACCAGCAGAAGUGUAGAGAAGAGAUCCGCGAGCUCCUAGAGGGACAGGAGAAAUUUGAAUGGGAAUUCCUGAGUAAAAUGCCUUACACCACAAUGUGCCUAAAAGAAUCAUUACGGCUUUAUCCCCCUCUACCAGGAGUGUCCAGGAAACUGAGCAAGCCACUCAUAUUCCCUGAUGGAAAGCAAGUACCUGAAGGUCGUAUAUUUCAGAAUCUUUUAUUAUUUGAACAAAUGAUUGUCAACCGCGCCCCAACGUCAAUAAAUCCGACACUCCGCUGUACGUGUUCUCUCUUAAAGCUGGAUUCCUGCUUUGCGAUUUCCAACUAA